AUGGAGGUUCUUUGCAGCCGUCAGGAGGCGAUCGCAUCCUGGGUCGAGGCGGAGAUCGGGAUGCGGCAGGUGGCUCUGGUGAAGAGGCGGCUCAAGGAGAUGGUGGAAGACUACGGCUCCAGAGCCAAGGCCCUGGAGGAGGCCAUCGCCGAGAUCCACGUGGACUUGGACCGGCGGGCAACGGCCAUCCUGCAGCUGAAGGGAGCGCAGGAGGCGAAGGAGGCGACCUCAGCGACCUCAGCGACCUCCGUCUUCCAGGAGGAAGCCCUGGAGGCCGAGCUCCUUCAGGAGGAAUCCCUCUUCCACUUGAGGCACCGGCAGGUGCAGGGCCUCGAGGAGCGGCUCCAGGAUCUCUUGGCCCAGGAGGGCCCGCGCAUGGAGGCUUUGGGCGCUUGGGUGGCCGUGCACGAGCCGCUCUUGACCAAGGAGCUCGAGCGGUCAGAGAAGGCGGAGCAGGCAGCGGCGGCCGAGGCGGCGUGCGAAGCAGCCAAGCAGGAGCUCACCAUCGACUUGGCCAAGCAGCGGAGGUCCGAGCAUGUCUUCCUGGCCGAGGCCUGUGCGGCUGCGGUGGCGGAAGCGGAGAGGGCUGCCAGACAGGCUGCAGCGCUGUACCGGCAGCGUGGGCUCCUGCUGAGGGAUGUGGAUGGCCUGGGGCGGGAGGAGCGUGCGGCCGCAGGUCGCGCCGAGUCCGCCUGCCAGCACUUACGCCGGGACCGGCGGAGAGCCGUGGCUGCUGUGGCCAAGGGCCUCUGGGAGCAAGGUCCCGCGAGCCUACGUGGAGUUUGCCCCAAGGAGGCAAGGCAAAGGGCAGCUGCUCAGGCAGAAGAAUUGGUUGAGGCUUCGCGUGGAGAGCAGAUACAAGAGCUGCGGAGCCUCAACGAGGAGAUGGCCAGGGUCAACGCAGAGAUGGUUGAGCUUAAGGAGUUGUCGAAGGCCGAAGAUGCGCAGGUGGAAGCAGCGUGGAAGCAACCCAACGAGGCUCAAAGACAGCUGAAGGUUGCAGAAGCCCAGGAGGCUGUGCCAGCCGCACGCCGCAGCCAUUCAGGCAUCAGGAGGAGCGGCAGUGUGGGAAGGAAGGCCGAGCCAGAGGGCCGGCUCGAGACAGUGGUCUUAGCCCUUCGAGAGCUGGAACAACAGCAGCAAGCGGAGAUGGCUGCCAGAGAGUCACAGGCCAUGGAGAUACAGGCCGCGCUGGAGGCUGCCGAGGCCUCGCUGCAGCGGUGUCGCGCAGAAAACCGGGCCGAGUCGGCAGCAGCGUUGCGGCGCUUGCGCCGCGCCUCUGGAGAGACGGAAGACGCGGAGCGGAAGUGCUGUGAGCUGGCGGCAGCCAAAGAGCGCGUAUGUCGGGCGCUGCGCGACAUGUCUUUUGGCACCCUGCGGCCCAGCAACGAGGUGGUCUGUGCCCCGGAAGCCGAAGAGCGGAGGCCGGGGGACGGCGAGGCACCGAUCGAGGAAGAUCUCCGAUGCUUCUACCGCCAGGUGCUACCGCUCCUGCAGGGGAUCGCCGUCGGCGCGUUGAGACCUCCGCGCACCGCCUUGGAGGAGAGACAGCUUGUCCUCAGCUCGGAUUUUCAACGCCUUGAGCUGUGGAUGCCUGAUGUGCCUGCAACGCGAGCAGCCGCAUCAGGGCCGGCUCGGAAGCGCGUUGCGGAUACCUUCCUCAGGCUGGAGACGCUGGCCCGAGUCCAUCUCCCUAAGGCCACGCAAUUGGCGAUACAGCGGAAGGCUGCGUUAACUUCCGCGAGUAAGUCCAGGUUCAGCCUUCGAUUUGAACUUGUUGUCAUGGGCUCUGACACGUGGCAUCUGGCCACGAGUGAUGUACAAACCUUGCAGAUCAUCACCAGCGCGGUGAAGGCUCUGCUCGCAGCAAAGGGGAGGCUGGGCGCACUCGCCCUGAGUGCAUGCGGACUGGGCGACAGAAGAAAGCAAUCGGAUUCUCCGCGUCUCUGA